AGUAAUAAUCAAUCAAUUUCUGACGUCAUUUUACUCAGUUUUUAGACGCCUCUUGGGAUGUAAAUACAUGAGAAAUGUUCAAAUUCUACAAAAAGUUAUCAAAGCAAGCACUCGAAGUUGGUAAUUUAGCCAAGUUAUUUAGUUUAAACGGUUUUCAUUCAAAAAUUGAGCGGAAAUUCCAAUUUUUCUGACUAUUUUCUAAUAACAUCAAAUUAAUCAUGAAUACUGCAAGAAUUGUAAUAAUCGGAGCUGGAACUUCGGGCAUUGCAGCCGCAACAAAACUCCUUGAACUUGGCUUCCAAAAGGUGUUGGUUAUCGAAGCUGAAAAUCGUAUCGGUGGUCGAAUACAUACAAUACCCUUUGGUGAUAAUGUCAUAGAUUUAGGAGCACAAUGGUGUCAUGGCGAGAAAGACAACAUCGUUUUUGAACUGGCUAAUAAGCACAAUCUUUUAGAAUCAACUGGAGAUGUCUACCAAAAUUAUGAAUGCAUUCGUUCAAACGGAGAAAUUCUACCAGAAGAAGUAACUCAACGAUUAAUGGGAAUUGUUCAUGAAGGUUUAGGGACACACAAAUCGGACCUCAAAGAAUAUAAUGGAUCUUUGGGGAGUUACAUAUCCCGAUUUUUCUUUGAAGAACUACAGCGGUCUGAAAACUCGGAUAUUGAUGAAAAAAUAGCAAAAGAAUUCUUUGAAUUCUAUGAGAAGUUUGAAAAUUCCUAUGAAUCUUCUGAUUCGUUGAGUGAUGUGUCUGGCAAGGGAUAUCUUGAAUAUUGGAAUUGUGAAGGUGACCUGCAAUUGAACUGGAAGGACAAAGGCUUUACGAAGCUCAUACAGUUAUUGCUGAAUUCUGAGAAAAUGGGUAAUGAACUGGGAGUAUUAAACAAGCGCGUACUUUUGGGAACACCGGUCAAUCAAAUAAGUUGGAAUAAUGGAAAGAUUGAAGUAAACUGUGGAAAUAAUAAGAUUAUCGAAGCUGAUCAUGUUAUAGUAACAGUAUCUUUGGGAGUUCUGAAGGAAAAACACUCGAAACUUUUUAAUCCAAAGUUGCCAAUACAAAAAGUUCGUGCGAUCGAAAGCAUUGGUUUCGGAACUGUUAAUAAAAUCUUCAUAGAAUUUCCUGAGCAAUUUUGGCCAAAUGAUUGGAAUGGUUUUGCUCUAUUGUGGAGACAAGAAGACCUUGAUGAGAUACGAGGAACAAAUCGUGCCUGGUUAGAGGAUAUUUUUGGAUUCUAUAAGGUCAGUUACCAACCUAGAAUUUUAACUGGAUGGGCUGUUGGAAAAACUGGACGCCAUAUUGAAACCCUGCCGGAGGAUGAAUUACUAAGUGGUUGUAUGUACCUUUUAAGAAAAUUCCUCAAAUGGCAGGUUCCUACACCUGUGAGUAUUAAACCAUCAACUUGGUUUUCAAAUGAAAACUUCCGUGGUUCAUAUUCAUAUCGAUCAGUAAUGGCUGAAAAAGAAGAUACGUGGGCAAGUGAUUUGGCGAGUCCAUUAAAAGAUUCACAUCAGAAACCAGUUGUUCUUUUUGCUGGAGAAGCUACAAGUGAUCAUUAUUACUCUACAGUGCAUGGAGCAGUACAAACUGGAUGGCGUGAGGCACAGAGAUUGGCGGACUUUUAUAAUAAUGGGGCACCAAAGUCACAGUUGUAAGACUACUUUAAAGACUUUAAGCGCUAAGUCGAAGGUCUUAAUGAUCUACCAGAGGCUACUAGAUUUAUUAAAAACAAUAUUGGUAACUUCUGGUUCCAUUUGUACAUGUAAAUCUAACUAAGAAGUAGAAAAGAAUAUAGUUUGAACUUAAAAUAUCUGGAAAUCUCAAGGAAAUCGUUCGAUAAUGCU